CCUUUCUCGCGAGAGGUGAGGAGGCUGGCCGGCCGGGAGGAAAGUAUCUGCUCCGCUGAGGGGGGAAAGGAGGAGCUGGAGACAGAUUGUGGGGCCGAGCACUGGAGGGCCGGAGGCGACGGAGCUACCAGCGGCUCCGCUCUGCUAUAUGAAAUAUGGGAGACGACAGACCGUUUGUGUGCAAUGCCCCGGGCUGUGGACAGAGAUUUACAAACGAGGACCACCUGGCAGUUCAUAAACACAAGCAUGAGAUGACAUUGAAAUUUGGCCCAGCCCGAACUGACUCAGUCAUCAUUGCAGAUCAAACUCCUACUCCGACUAGAUUCCUCAAGAACUGUGAGGAGGUGGGGCUCUUCAAUGAACUGGCUAGCUCCUUCGAGAAAGCUGCAGAUGAGGAUGAGAAAAAGGGAGCUGCUGGGCCCCUGGACAUGUCUCUGCCUUCCACCCCAGACAUCAAGAUCAAAGAAGAGGAGCCGGUGGAGGUGGACUCAUCCCCACCUGACAGUCCUGCCUCCAGCCCCUGCUCCCCACCACUGAAGGAGAAGGAGGUUGCCCCAAAGCCUGUUGUGAUUUCUACCCCGACACCCACCAUCGUACGUCCUGGCUCCCUGCCUCUCCACUUAGGCUAUGAUCCACUUCAUCCAACCCUUCCCUCCCCAACCUCUGUCAUCACACAGGCUCCACCGUCUAACAGGCAAAUGGGGUCUCCCACUGGCUCCCUCCCUCUCGUCAUGCAUCUUGCUAAUGGACAGACCAUGCCUAUGUUGCCAGGGCCUCCGGUACAGAUGCCUUCUGUUAUAUCGCUGGCCAGACCUGUGUCCAUGGUACCCAACAUUCCUGGUAUCCCUGGCCCACCAGUUAACAGCAGUGGUUCAAUUUCUCCCUCUGGCCACCCUGUGCCAUCAGAAGCCAAGAUGAAACUAAAAGCUUCCCUCACCCACCAAGUCUCCUCAAUCAAUGGUGGUUGUGGAAUGGUGGUGGGCACUGCCAGCACCAUGGUGACAGCCCGUCCAGAGCAGAGCCAGAUCCUCAUCCAGCACCCCGAUGCCCCAUCUCCUGCCCAGCCACAGGUCUCGCCAGCCCAGCCCAUCCCCAGUACCGGGGGACGCCGGCGGCGGACAGUAGAUGAAGACCCAGAUGAACGGCGGCAACGCUUCCUGGAGCGCAACCGCGCUGCGGCCUCCCGCUGCCGCCAGAAGCGGAAGCUGUGGGUGUCUUCACUGGAGAAGAAGGCAGAGGAGCUCACUUCUCAGAACAUCCAGCUGAGUAAUGAAGUGACGUUACUACGGAAUGAGGUGGCUCAGUUGAAACAGCUGCUGUUAGCUCAUAAAGACUGCCCAGUCACUGCACUACAGAAGAAGACUCAAGGCUAUUUAGAGAGCCCCAAGGAAAGCUCAGAGCCGACGGGUUCUCCAGCUCCUGUGAUUCAGCACAGCUCAGCAACAGCACCUAGCAAUGGCCUCAGCGUUCGAUCUGCAGCUGAAGCUGUUGCCACCUCGGUCCUCACUCAGAUGGCCAGCCAAAGGACAGAACUGAGCAUGCCCAUGCAGCCACAUGUGAUCAUGACCCCACAGUCCCAGUCUGCGGGCAGAUGAUGCCUCCCCUGGUGGAGAGGUCCCAGCCAGAGCUCGCCCGCCCAAGAGCCAAGAGAGAUGUCAUCCUGUCCCCUCCCAUCUGCCUUGGACAUGGCAACACGGGGGGCAAAAUUGUGUGUUGUGAGUAUGGAUAGAUACGGGGCUUUUCUCUUAGCCACGCCGUCAUGUACACUUGAUACUUGUACUGGGGGCAUCCCAGCUCCAGAGCCACAUAGAUCACCCCCCAGGCUGGGGUUUCUGAUGUACUCACAGCCACAGGCCUACCCGGAUUGUCUGAGCAAUCACCCGUGCCCCAUGCAUGUGUAUCUGUCUCUUUUAACACUAACCCUGGCACUUCUAGGUUUGGGGUUUCUCGGUUUCUUCUCACUAAGCUGUAGCUGUGACCUUCUUGUUUCUUACCAGCAUGCCAGUUCCUGCUCAACAGAGGAAGGCUGUCCCAUCCCUAGCUCCCCCAUGGACUCAGGACUUUGUCUCCCAGUAGCUACUAACUUAUCCCUUUCUUCCCUUUCCAAAUUCUAGUUAAAACAUUCACCUAUGGAGAAUGUAAGUUUCCUUCUGAUGUAUGCAGUAGCAGUAUUUUCCAGGUCUCCCAUAAGCUUUAUUCCUUCUCCCUACUGGCUACCAAAAAAAAAAAAAAAAAGGCAAAGCAAAAAGAAACAAGCAAAACUCCAAGAGUUCUAGUCCCUUUUCAUCUAUUUCCAGAACUGUUUGGGUACCUCAUUUUGUCUCUUUGCCUUUCCCUGCUCUAGUGGUGACUUGACUUUCCCGCAUCUCCACUAAGCCCGGGCAACCUCAUCUUGUGGCCUUAUUGUUAAGCAUCACUUGGCAGUGCAAAGAGAACUAGGCAGGGGUCUGACUAGUGACUCUUCGCAGCCUCCUUGACUCAUAAUCAUCAGGGCGGACAGGAACAAUAGCACUUCAGGCUUGUUCCACCGGAUGACUGGAUUAACUGAUUCUUCUGUUUCACACGAGUUUACUGGCCAAAGUUAGGUACAUUGUCACCUCUGGUUGUCUUUACGCUCCUGCCUCUCUCUCCACUGCCUGUCCACAGUACUGCCUCUCUCUCUGUCUGCUGUAACUAGCUCAUCAGGCUUCCCGGAGCCUGUCUUACGGGGAAGCCUGGCAUUCUCUUGAUCUUCCUCUAUCUCUCAGCCUCAUGUGUGUCUUUUCUGAGCUAUAUCCUGUAUUCACCAGUGCCCGCACUUCUAGACUACUGUCUCCCUCACCACUUUCCUAGUCUGCCUGUUAGGUCUUCUGGCCCUGCACAGUUCCUUCAGCUCAUUUCUGUUCUCUUCCCCCAAAAUGCAAUACGUUCUUCUCCCUAAUAGAAGCUCCAAGGCUGAAGUGUGAUGGCCAAGGUGCUGCGUGGCUUGAGUGUGGAGCUCAGCAAGGGACAGCAUAGGUGCAGUACCCAUCUCAGCUGGGAAGCCCACGGCUGGCCCAUCUGGGCAGCUGUAGGCCAGCUUAGCCAUUCUUACUUUAGAGUUGGGUUGCAGAGGGAGAAAUUCAUUCCGCUGUUCCUCUUCCUUCGCCAUUAGGACUUCUCAUCUUCCCUUGGCUGUGAACUAUGCAGUUUUUACCAGGGCAAGAGGACGCAAUCCAAAGCCACAGGCCUGUGGAUAGAUAGGUCAGCUUUAAUAACUCCUUAGUCGGAAGCCCUUCCAAUUGUCCCAGGGCCACCUGCUGCCAUCUGCCAAAGCCAAGAAUGUCCUUUGCUCCAUCUCUCCUGCCUCCAUCUCAAAGAUACAUACAGAGUAGCUGCCAGCUUCCUUUCUUAUCUUGUCUUCCAAAAUCGACUGUCAUGGGGGAAUGAGAAAACGUUCUAAGCCACGAGAUCCCCUUCUCCUCAGAGUGACACACUGGCGAGCCAGUCAGAUGGUGCAUUCUGCCGCCUUGGUUUUAAAUGUCCCCUCCUGCUCUUCAGAGCUGGUGCUGAACAAGCCACACUGGGUGGAGUGAAAGACAAAGGAGUGAAAACAUGGUUUUCUUGUCCCCUACUGCCAGGGAGCCCGCAGGACCAGCCCCGAGGUGGUACGACGAGCGAAUGUCGCAGCAGAUGGUCAGGGCGCAGCUCCCCCCUCCAGGGACCUUGCUGGCCUUGAAACAGUCGCAGCCGUAACUUGUGCUCAGGGCUUCUUCAGACGGCUGCUCCCGGGGCUCCCCGCCCCCGCUUCCGAGUCUCGUUUCACUUCUUACUGUCCUGAUUUCCCACUAGCGGCCUUGCCCUACAGCGUGACUCAGUUUAUGGCUCCUAAGGAGCCUUCUUCCUUAGACCUUUGACUAUUCUUCCCCUUCAGUCAGGUGUUUUUAAAGUUAGAAUCAGUUUGUCGCCGCAUACACCCCCUCCAUCCUCUCCCGGCGCUGGACAGCCCGUCUUUGUAGGAGGAUUUUUUUUUUUUAGUUUCUUAGCCCCUGUAUGUAAUUCUCUGGAGUUUUCAAUGUCAUUGUCAUCAGCGAGAGGUUAAUACUGGACUUAAGUGAAGGCCACUGCUAGAACCAUACAGUGACGCAGCACUGAAACAAAGGCGGUGCAGGACAGAAGCCCGGGGGCUCUUAGGCGGCCCUGGGUCUCAGUGAAAAGGCAGCGCUGUCGCUCACUCUGAAGCCUCAAGUCGGGUUAAGGAGCCCAUCACUUACCCUGUAACUGCUGCCAGCCACGUGGUCACUCGGCCCUGACCUUUGCCUUCCAGGCUUACCUGGGCCAGAACCCGAUACUGCACGGGGUGUCUUUGAGUCCUUCUCAAGGCCCUUGGGCUUCCAAGCCUGGGGUGGAAGGGAGGACCCUUUCAGAAAGGAGCCCAGUGUGGAUAUCUUGGGACUCUGCCGAGGGAACACAAGACCAGGUCCCGUCUCGCUCCAGGCCAGAGACAAGGGAUGAGAGGCGGGUCUUCUGGCCCACACUACACGGCCCCACUCCCUUAAGAGAAAGCUUGCGGAGAGUUGAAAAGGCCGAGAGCCUCUCACACAACUAGGGCGGAGAGAAAGACUAAACAGCUCCUUCACUCAUGCUUUCUUCUUGGUUGGACACCCCGCAUCCACUUCCUUCUGCCUCUGUUCCUCUCCUGGGCCCUGAGCACUAGCCCAUGUACUACAGGGGCUUGUUAGGGAGGAGCUGGGCCAACGGAACCUCUCCUUGCUGCUCGCUUCCCUGUCCCUGCGGGAGUGCUCAGCCCCGCCUGACUGGCCUCUUCAUCUCCUCGAGGGCCUUCCCCACAGCACUGUCACUACCUGUGAGCCGCCAGACACCAAAAAUCCUUCCUCCAACCUCGCAGGCUCCCUUGCUGCACACCAAGACGCUCCUUACAGGUGCUACCCACGAGACAGUGCGCACCACCAAAACGUCGCCCCUGCUUAAUCCCUUCCCACCCCCGUCAUGUCCCAUUAAUACUACCCAGGGUAUACACAGGGAGGAAAUACGUUAGUUCUUUCUUUUUCACAGCCAGUCUGUGGAUUUCAGUCCUCCUAGCUAUACCAUGUAUCCCUUUGGUUGAUACGCUCUUUCUGCUUUCUUUAGACUUAUGUUUGACCCAGGUGGGAGGUGUGGAGGAACAGCACAGGCGAGGAUCCCAGCGCCCCACUGCUGCCUCCUUAACCCUUCCCCCUCUCCAGGCCCGGAACUGAACCGUCUGUAUCUGCACAGACGGAUGUGCACGGACGUAAAUCCCCACCACCCCAGCAGGCCUGAGCAUAGGUGACUGCUGGCUGGCGCACCCACCCUCUGCACCAUUUGAAUUUUCUUUUUUGGGGUAAAAUCCUACCUCAAGGGGGAAAAAAGAUUGGGAGGAGGAGGCACGUUAAGGCUGCUUAUGCCCUUUGUAGAUGCAAGUAUGCAUUGUAGCUCCUAAGGCUUAUUUUAGUUUUUUAAUGGGGUGGAGCAACAGCACAAGAGAGAUCUUACCCCAGCUGCUGGUGACAGAUGUUGUAGCUGUACGUGGCCAUGGGCACUGCGGUCACUGACUUUACCACAGGGCAGUGGUUCUCAGAAAGUGGUCCAGGAGCACCAGCAGAGCAGCCCGGCCUGCGGCUUGUCGGGAAUGCACGUUCUCAGCCACCCCAGGCCUCCCGAGUCUCCAGCGCUGGGGCUGGGUUUGAACAAGCACUGCAAGUGCUUCUAACACUCACUAAUGUUUGUGAGCCAUUGCCUUGGGGACAACCUGGGAUCUUCUUAGGCACUGAGGGUUCUUCAAAUACCGUCCUCUGCCUCAGCACUAACACAUUUUCCAUUUCUCCCCAUUCCUCCCUCCGCACCAUUACAACGGCCACCACCGCGUCACUUGUCUCAAAUUCUAGGUUUGUCUUCCUGCUGGUCUUCUCUCUAGACUUGUCCCUGUGUCGGUCUGGACAGUUCUCCGUACUCCCUUGCAGACUGGUCGCUCGUGUCUUGGUUACAUUAAGGACCAGCCGGAGCUUUGGCUACCCCAUUACACACACACACACACACACACACACACACACACACACACACACACACACACACACAUCAGCCUCUAGCUCCAAUAGUGGAGGCUGCUGCGCCCUCAUAUAGUGUCUGUGAAGAAGAAAGCAGUGUGUAUCUCUGAUUAUAUUUCUGUUCAUCUAUAUAUUUUUGACAUGUGGCAGCCCCUCUCCAUCUCAAGGAACUCCCCGUGCCCUGGGUCUCCCCAGGCUCCGGUGGUGAUCCUGCCGGGUGGGAGGAUAUGGUGCCACAGGCUCUUUUGUUACAAGCCCAACAUCCCCCUUGCCGCCGCCAGUCAGCAUGGCCCCUGUGAGCAGGCUCUCACACUCCCGGGCGGGGCUGAGGCAGGGGCUGCGCUCUCCUCCCUGCCCGGCCCCCCUCCCCUCCUUCCCUUUGCCGCUUAGCAGUUACCCCGGCCGUGCCUUCCCCCUCCCUCCCUUCCCAGCCCUGACAUAUACUGUGCCUUAUUUAUGCUGCAAAUAUAACAUUAAACUAUCAAGAGAACCA